AUGAAUGAGCUUGAUCAGGCAAUCAAAUUGCUCGAAAAGGCAUUAAAGAUAUAUAACGAUGCCCCUGGUCACCAAAGCACUAUUGCUGGAAUCGAAGCCCAGAUCGGGGUCAUGUGCUACAUGCUGGGAAAUUAUUCUGAAUCUUACAACUCCUUCAAAAAUGCAAUUUCAAAGCUCCGCGCAAGUGGAGAGAAGAAAUCUGCUUUCUUUGGCAUUGCUCUUAACCAAAUGGGUCUCUCCUGCGUUCAGCGUUAUGCUAUAAAUGAGGCUGCUGAAUUGUUUGAGGAAGCGAAGAUUGUUUUGGAACAAGAGUGUGGACCAUAUCACCCUGACACUCUUGGGGUAUAUAGCAAUCUUGCUGGCACUUAUGAUGCAAUGGGCAGGUUGGAUGAUGCAAUUGAAAUCUUGGAGUAUGUCGUUGGGAUGAGGGAAGAAAAGCUUGGGACAGCAAAUCCAGAUGUUGUUGAUGAGAAACAAAGGUUGGCUGAGUUGUUGAAAGAAGCAGGCAGAGUUCGGAGCAGAAAAGCUAGGUCACUGGAGAACCUCCUUGAUGGCAAGUCUCACGAUAUAAACAAAGAUGGCAUUACGGAUCGAAUUGGUGGUCUACAACCGAAAGCAUUCAUGUGUGCAACCAUAUUGCCUAACUGUGCAUGUCCUGCAUCUUCACUUGGGGAAAAGAUAAGGAGACCUUCUUUUAUGAAGGUUGUUUGA